UUCGAAAGUUAAUAGACUGCAAUGGAUGACAGUUCAGCAGGAAUCGAAAAGAAGAUAUUAGCAUCCGGGAAAGGAUCCCUCCCAGCGUUUUCAAAUGGAGCUAAGACACAGUUUCAUUACAAGACCUGCAAGCUUGACGAUGACAAAACAGUGAUAGAUGACAGUCGGAAGCUGAUGAAGAAACCAAUGGAGCUGAUCAUUGGGAAGAAAUUUAAGUUGGAAGUGCUGGAGGCUUGUGUCAAAACCAUGUGUGUGGGCGAAGUAGCACAGUUCACAGUUGCCAAACCUCUCCUGACUCAGUACCCUCUGGUAUCAAAGCAGCUACGUGAAAUCUUUGGAGAGAAGAAGAAAGGUGCAGACCACAGCCAUCACUGUUGUGGAAUGAUGCAGUUGCAACAGGACCAAGGACUUGGAUAUGCUGAUUUGGACCAACUUAUGAAGGAACCACAAUCUCUACAGUUCACAAUAGAACUUCUGAAAGUGGAGGAGCCUGGAGAAUAUAAAAAGGAGACUUGGGUUAUGGAUGAGCCAGAACAAAUUGCAGCAGUCCCACAGUUAAAAGAUGAAGGGAAUGCAUUAUAUAAAGAGAAGAAAUAUAGUGAAGCUUCUGCCAAAUAUGGGCAGGCCAUAGGAAUAUUAGAGCAGCUGUCAAUGAAAGAGAAACCACAUAGUGAAGAGUGGAGUGAGCUGCAGGACAGAAAAAUUCCAUUCUUAUUGAACUAUUCACAAUGCCUUCUUUUGCUUGAAGAUUACUACCCUGUAAUAGAGCACACCACUACUGUGUUAGAGAGGGAUCCUGGUAAUGUGAAGGCAUUAUUCAGAAGAGCCAAAGCACAUGUAUCAGUAUGGAACUUUGAUGAAGCCAGAGCAGACUUUCACAAAGUAUCAGAGCUGGACUCUACACUUAACUCUGCUGUGAAAAAGGAAUUAAAAUAUUUAGAUGAUUUGCAGAGAAAAAAGGAUGAAGAAGACAAAGCGAAACUUCAAGGAAAAAUGUUUAGUUGAUGAAGGAUAAACUGUAAUGGAGGAGCUAUUUUGAUAACACGAACUCAGAGAUUUACCAUCAUUUGUUGUAAAGUGGGUUCAGUGAAGACACCAUCUCAUGACAAGUGUUCCACCUAGCAGUGCAUACUUAGUUACAUUCUAAACACAAUGUUGAAUUAAACAGCCUGCAAGUGCUCUUGUCCAUGAUUACUGCAUCGAAGGGAGACUAAGAUUCUCUGUGUACAACAGAUUUUGUUUAAAAUGCACACAGGUCUGUUGUAACUUUGUAUUGGUAGUAUUUUAUGCCAUUUCAAUUGAAAAAUAGCAAUUAUAGUUAGGACAUGUGUACAAAUAUGUGUAUUUAUUAGUGAACCUUCAUAGCCUGAGACUGCCAAAGUUUACAUGUUCAGAUCUGAAUGUUUAUCUGUUCACAAGGCAUUUGAAGGGUAAGAUAAGCAAAAAAAAAAAAA